AUGUGGAAUAAACUCGAUGACUUUCAGAUUGUUAUGGAUCCGUAUCAGGGCAGUCAAAUAGAUCUAGACGACACGACACAGUUGAGUUGUUCAUCCGAUGAAGAACUCGAUAAUCUCCUAAGUCGUUAUAAAUAUGGAAUGACCGGCAAUGAAAUGGUGACAGGUGCUACUCGUAAAAAAUGUUCCCCAUCAAUCGCCGCACGGAAAAUGCAAAAUGAGAAACGGAUGCAGAAGAAAAAGGAACUUGAACAGCAAUCACUUGACCAAAUUUGGACACUUAAAAUGAGCACAAAACACAAUGGUUACAGGGAGAACAAACCGAAGGGUUUGAGUGCCUAUCUGACCCUGUCAAAGCAACUCAAGAACUCAGUGGUAACACUUCCCGAGUCGGGUGGUUAUCGUCAGUAUGUCCUUUCGAAGGAGUCGAAAAGCAAUCGACGUCGGUAUUAUCGUUGCACUAAUUGUCAUAAACUGAAGAGCAAGACAGGUUAUGGUCCUAUAGCAAACAUACAUGUACAAGACGGAGUUGUCAUCAGAGGUAAAUCAUCAGCACAUCAUCCUGACUGUAAGGCGCUCAGUGAAACUGAUAUUAUCGCUAUGCAAAUGGAUCGACAAUCACGAAGAGAGAUUCUAGAAGGCAAAGAUCCAUAUGAUGCUUAUCGAAAGAAUUUCGAGAAAGCAAUGGAACUAGCCGCGACGUUUGAUGAGAGUAACAGUAACAGUAAAAAGUUCAACAUUGCAACCGCAUAUCCCUCAUGGCAUAGCGUUUGUAAAAAGUACAAACGUUUACGACACGAUCGUUCACCAAGAAAGGGAUCGUUUACUGGAGUGAACGAUGAGCAAGUGACAAAUAAGCGAAAAAAAGAUUCAAUCGAUUUCAUUCGAGCCGCACAAAGACUUGUAUUCAGAUUUGAUUUUUGCUUGGCAAACGAGGAGUUCUUAUCGCCAGCACAGAGAGAGAUCAAAGCUGAAAAGACCAUAACGAUAACGUAUCGAAACACGGACGAUGACGACGACGAAGAGGACAUUACUGAUCAUUUCGCUCCAGCGUAA